GGGCAUGUCGUUUUGGUACUGGAAUUGCCGGUGAGAGCCUGGAUUUUCGUGCAGUAGUGAUCGGGUGAUUGAGCCUUCAGUGUCGGCUCAGUGAGUACCUCCUACCCUUUCGAGCCAGAAGGUCCGGUAUUAUCUGUGGGGAAGGUUAUGCCAUGGAUAUCGUACUACAUUAUGCAGACUACUACUUUUUCACACCAUAUGUUUACCCCAGCUCCUGGCCAGAGGAUGGCACUCUACGUCAGCUGAUUAGCCUCCUAGUUGUAACUAAUCUGGGAGCUGCAGCCAUAUAUUUCUGCUUUGGAACUUUGAGCUAUUAUCUUAUUUUUGAUCAUACAUUGAAGAAGCACCCACAAUAUUUGCCGAAUCAAGUGCAGCGGGAAAUAAAGUAUGCUAUGCAGUCACUUCCAUGGAUAAGUAUUCCAACUGUCGGGCUGUUCUUUGCAGAAAUUCGAGGCUACAGCAAAUUGUAUGAUAGCAUCGCAGAUUCUCCUUAUGGUUGGUUUGGAGUGGUGCUCAGUAUGAUCUCCUUCCUCUUCUUCACAGACAUGUGUAUCUACUGGAUCCAUCGGUUUCUCCAUCACAGGCUCCUCUACAAACAUUUACAUAAGCCUCAUCAUACUUGGAAGAUACCGACUCCAUUUGCAAGUCAUGCUUUUCACCCAGUGGACGGCUUCCUACAGAGCAUCCCAUAUCAUAUCUACCCUUUCCUCUUCCCGCUACACAAGGUGGUUUACUUGGGUCUCUACGUCUUUGUCAACAUUUGGACAGUGUCCAUUCACGACGGGGACUACAGAGUCCCCAGAGUUCUCGAGGGUGUCAUUAAUGGCUCAGCUCAUCACACAGAUCACCAUCUGUACUUUGACUAUAACUAUGGCCAGUAUUUUACAUUGUGGGACCGAAUUGGGGGUUCCUAUAAGCACCCCUCGGCCCUGGAAGGCAAAGGGCCACAGGACUACCUGAGGAACCUGAAGGAGAAGCUUUUUGAUGGGACUUACACUAAUGCUCAGUCAUCUGAGCAGAAAAUCCAGAAAGGAGAAUAAGCAGCUUCCUUUUCCCCUUUUGCUCAUGUUUAAUCUCAGUGGAGCUCCUUAUCUUCACCGGAUAUACUUAAUGAUUUGCUCCUAUUUACUGCGUUAUUGCAAGUGAGACCAAUUUGAAACAAGCAGAAUAAAUUUGUAGCUUUGUGUGAGAUUGUGGUGUAGACCCCACAUCUAUUCCUCUUUACAGAUUGGAAAUUAAGCCACUGGUUACAUAUUAAAUGUACCUGUAAUUAGAAUAUUUGGAAAUCUUGGGUGUCAUGGCCUUGGUGUACUAUUAAAACAGUUGCAGUAGUAUUACAGCACAUCGCAAGUAGGUACAGGUGAUACUUGGAUGUCUGCUUUUAUGAACUACAUAACAAGAAUAGAAUGGUUGCUGAAAGAUCUGGAUUAUUAUGAAUCUGAUUACAAGCAUUUGGGCAAAAAUUCUGUGCUAUGUAUUUUUGAAUGUUUUAAAAAUGUACAGUGGAUUUUCAAUGAUAAAUAAUACUGCAUCUGAAAUGAAAUGUUCUUAACGAUUGGGGCUUAAACCAUCUUGCUUUGUAUGUUUAAUGUUUAGUUUAUCUUGUCUGAUUGUUCUGUUGUGAUGGAUUAUGUAGUAAAAUGCUCUGCUACUUUAAGGUUGAAGUGUAAUUAAUUUUUAACCAAACUGACCAACUUACCUUGAUAUUGUAAAUGUGUUUUAUUACAUUGCUUUUAACAAUGAAAUCUGGGUUCAAAUCCAAUGCAGAAUGAUCUCCAUUACCAGCUGUUCAAAUGCAGUAGAAUCUGAGGUGUACAGUACAAUGUAGUCCUGUUGACCUUGUGUUUGAAAAUUUUAGGGGAGUAUUAAAGUGGCUUUCUUCAUUUAAA